AUGUCUGGACGCCAGGGGAGCCGCUCCAACGCUCACAGCCGCUUGAGCCAGCCCAACAAUGCAUCCUUUCCAGCCCGCGCUCCAAGCUGGACCCAGAGCUCCGGCCUGAAUGGGGCGAACAGCCUCAAGCGCCCACGCACCCCGAGUGGCUCCGAGUUCAGCAGCUGCAGCAGCCACUCGGAUCGCUCCUUCAACCCCGGCUCCCCCAGACUCCCACUGCGGAAGAUCUGCAUGGGCCGGCCCUACAACUCCAAGUGCGUGGAGACAAGCCACCUGGCCAGCCACCACAACGUGGCCAAGAAGCUUGCCUACCGCAGCAGCCCCCACUGCCUGCUCUGCACAGACCGUCCCUCGGGCCCUUCCAGCCCCACGUUCCUGGACCAACUCAUCAAAGGCAUCAACUACCUGGACCGAUCCACCAACGCCUUCUACAACAGCUGCCCCAAGUCACUGAGCCUGCCCAGACUUGCAGCCAACUACCUGGAGCGAGCCGCCAACUCUCUUUACCUGGACCACCUGGAACAAUCCGCACCACGCACUUACUCCAGCCCCAGCGCCAGUGUGCCCUGCCCAGACACCAGCACCCCCAGCACCCCCAGCACCCCCAGUACCUGCAUGGUGCCGUCCCCUAGGGGUGCCAGCACUCUGCAGUGCCUGGGUGAGCCCAGCAGCCUGAGCUGUCCACGCCAGCCUCCUUACCGGAGCCUCACCCCCUUGCUACCCCAGAGGUCAGGUAUAAAGCUGCCUGAGAUUCCUUUGUUUGGCAACGGGCUCUUUUCCUUAGGUCGGCUGCCCAGGUUCUGGGAAGCAAUCCGCUCAGGCUGGAGCGCCCCCGAGCCGAUCCCCAAACCCUCUAGCUGGUGGUGA